CUCGCUAUCAUCCACCACAACGCACCUUUCCUUGUUUCUUCUGUCUCUGGCCUUUCUUUUAUACGUCCAGUCGGCGUUACUAGCUCUUCCAGGCGAAACCCUGCCUCAAUUGCUUUCUCAGCCUUUCUAUGCUUCAUCACACGGUUGGGUGGAACCACGCCCGUUCUACCCCGCGAGAGCAAGCAGGCUUCGCUCUCCCGGUCCAUCUUGCUCUUCGAAAGCGCUCAAGCGGUCUGCAGACUCGAGCCAGCAUGGAGACGGUGGAACAGGUCCAACCCUUCCGGCUCAUGGACCUCCCCGCGGAGAUCAGGGACCUCAUCUAUCAGGAAAUGCUCUGCUGCUUCGACCCCGUGGAGCCGCCAUGCACGCCGGGAAACUGCAAUGCGAAAAACCACCUCUAUUGCAAUAGCAUUACCCCCGCUACGCACGCUAUCGAAACAACUAUCCUGCGCACGUGCAAGCAGGUCCACCGCGAGGCGUACGAUAUCAUGGUCAAAACAAACCAGUUCGUCAACAUCCAAACACAGGACAUCCCGCUGUCUCAGCUGCUCAUCUCGUCGAAUCUGCCCGUUGUGACUAUGGAUCGUGCACAUACAGCGCAGUUCCAGGGCUACGUUAUGAGCGUGAAUAUGUCUGCUAUUCCGGGCGGCUGGGUCGGCGACCCGCUUGAUUCGGACGAUGAUAUGGAUGCUGAUGAUUGGGAUCCGCAUGCGCGCGCGCCGCCGGCGGGUACGGGACCGCGGUUCAACUUCAUGAUUCUAGGAAGGGACUGGGACGCAUUCUGUCGGAUGCUGACGCACGUCGACGCGGAGAUGGAAGGCUUCAGCACGAGUGUCAAAGUCGUUCUCACGCUCAACGGAUACCCAGCUCAACUCCCAGACUUCAAGGACCCUAUUGAAGAAUUCUUCACCACGAAGACCCAGGAAGCGCUCCUCAGGCCCCUCCGCAAACACAUCCACGGCUUCCAGCACGUCGAAGUCACCGGCGCCGUCGACCCCGCCGUAGCAGAGCGCGCGGUCAACGAAGUCAAAACACCCCCCUGGACCAACCCCCGCGACAUCCUCAACGAGUUCUCCGCCAUGAAGUCCCUCGGCAACCAGCUCUACACCGAGGGCAACCUAGACGCGGCCAGCAAGUGCUGGAUGAGCGCCAUCACGCGCAUGCGCUGCAUGCGGUGCUCGGCGACGUGGGCCUCGCUCGCCAAAGCGGGCGGCGCGGCCUUCGCCUCCAAGCUAUCCGAGCUCUACUUCACCAUCAUGCUCAACCACGCGCAAUGCCUGCUCGAAGUGAUGCGCUCGCCGCGCACGCCCAAGCCCGCCAUCGUCGAGGAAGGCACGCUCGUCAUGCGCGACCUGCGCGAGGCCAUGGACGGCAAGCACUUCUUCGAGCACUUCGGCAGCACCUGGGUGCCGUCCAGCGCGCUCACCGCGAAGCUGGCAUACCGCCAGGCCCUGUGCUUCCGCAUGAUGGGCCAGGCUACCGACGACAAGGAGGCGCGCGAGGCCGCGCUGGAUGGCGCGCUUGAGUGGAUUAUGGAGGCGGUGGCUAUGGCGCCUGGGGAUGGCGCGAUCGAGCGCGAGAAGAGGGAGAUUCUGGACUGGGAGAGGGAUAUGGAGAGGGAGUGGGAGGGGGACGAGCUGUAUCAGGAGUUUUUGGCGGAUGUUAUGGGGUAUUGAGUAAGUUUGGGAGAGGGGGAAGGUGGGCUGGGACAUAGCUGGCUCGCUAGCUGGUUUGUGGAGGGAUUUAAGGGGGAUAUGUCGAUAAGAGGAGGCUAAUAUGAACGGAUUCCGCUGUCUGGAGGACGGGAAUUGAUCAGAUAUAGUUCAGUUCAGUUAGGUUUUUUUUUU